UAAUAUUUCUGCAGUUUAGAACUAAACAUGUCUGCUGGUCAGUUUUCUAGCCUAUCACUCAAUGAAGGAGGUUAUGACUACAAGUUCAUAGAAGAACCUGCAGACUCUCUCAAGUGUCUCAUCUGCCUGCUAGUAGUUAGGGAGCCACAACAACAUGGCCGCUGUGGGAAGCUAUUCUGUAAAGUGUGUAUUGACAAGCACAAGACCCUCAGCAAUGACUGUCCACACUGUAGAAGACCACUCUUGCAAUUGGGGCUAUCCACUGUUUUCCACGACCUUAAAAGUGAGCAAGAGGUGAAGUCACUCUUGGUUCGAUGUCCAAAAGCCUGUGACUGGAACGGAGAGCUUCGAUCACUAGAAGACCACAUACAGAAAGUCUGUGAGAACAUUUUCGUUCCUUGCCCAAAUGGUUGUAACAAUGGCAAAACAAAACUUAGACGAAACAACAUCGAUUAUCAUCUACUCCAUAAAUGCCCAAAUCGACCACAUUCAUGCACAAUAUGUCAGAUUGAAAUGGAGUUCAGGAAUGCGAAAAACCAUGAACUAAACGAGUGCCCCAAGAGACAGUACACAUGCCCACACUGCAGGGAAGCUGGUGUGUAUAAUGAGAGAACUACUGCACAUCUGGAAGUCUGUCCUAAAGUAGAGAUAACAUGCAAACAAUGCUCACUACAAAUCUCUCGGUGUGACGAAUCUGACCAUCCAUUGGUCUGCCGGAAUGAACCAGUACGCUGUACGUACUUUAGUAUUGGCUGUGGAGAGAAACCUCUUAGAAAGGAUUUAGGUACACACGAGGAAGAUACUCAGCUUCAUCUUUCACUAGCAACUAAAGAGAUCUUGAGACUACGAAACAGACUCUCAAAUAAUACACUAACAUUCAGAUUGAAAAAUAUUGAAGAUAAAAAACAUUUUAGCCCCGCCAUUUUUACCUCCGCUUCAGGGUAUAAACUUGGUACUCGUGUUAAUACCAAUGGCCGUGGUGAUGGUAAGGGCACUCAUGUUUCAGUGUAUGCUUAUCUCAUGAAGGGAGACAAUGAUGACUCCCUGUCCUGGCCGUUCCCUGGGACAGUCACAGUCGAGCUACUCAACCAACUGGAGGACAAGAACCAUCACAAACUCACACUCACAAUCCCAGCAGACAAUGUGGCCAGUCAGAGAGUGGUGGAUGGUGAGAGAGCACCAACAGGAUAUGGCUGGCAUAAGUUCAUCUCCCACGCUGACCUCGCUCACAAGCCUCUCACAAACUGUCAGUACCUCAAAGACGACACUCUAAUAUUCCGACUAUCUGCAGAAGCUCCUGACUACAAGCCAUGGCUAGAGUAGACUAAUUGUGUAUAAAUGUAAAUGUGAGUAAGACAAUUAUCUGCUGUGUGAUAGAUCAACCUUCAUAUCAAAUUAUGUGAA